ACUCCACGUUUCUCUUCUUCUGCUCCAUCUCCUUCUUCUGAUUCUUACAGUAUCUGCUACAUAAGCAAAAAAGCCUUUGUGGCAGAUCUUAAAAAAAGUUAGUUCAAAAAAAAAAGAAGACAAGUCUUGAAAAAAGUUAAAAACAAAUACAAAAAUGGUGGCUGAAAACUUAAUCGAAUUUGAGUGCAAGUCCAUCGAUGAAACGAAAGCUGCAGUGCAUUGUGGCCUCGUUGAACCUCAAAUCACCGAGUUUACUUCAAUCUUUGGCCUUCCUCCAGUGGCGUCAGAUGACAAGAAACCUUCUGUCACUGCCUCAGACUUAGCAGUCCCUAUCAUCGAUUUUGCAAUGUCACGAGAAAACAUUGUGGAGAAAAUCAAAGAAGCUUCAGAGAAGUGGGGGAUAUUCCAGGUGAUCAACCAUGGUGUUCCUUCAAGCGUUCUUGAAGAGAUCAAAGAUGGAGUCGUUAGGUUUCAUGAGGAAGAUCCUGAGGUUAAAAAAACUUACUUCUCACGCGACUUCGCCAAGACAUUUAUCUACCACAAUAACUUCGAACUCUACAGUUCCUCUGCUGGUAACUGGAGAGACAGCUUCGCUUGUUACAUGGCUCCUAACCCUCCAAACCCUGAGGAGAUCGCAAUGGCUUGCAGAGAUGCUAUGAUCGGAUACUUGAAGCAUGUGAUGAGCUUAGGCGGUUUGAUUUUUGAACUUUUAUCAGAAGCUCUUGGUUUAAGAGCUGAUAAGCUUAAGAGCUUAGACUGCAUGAAGGGUUUGCUUAUGCUCUGCCAUUAUUACCCUCCUUGUCCACAACCUGACCUAACUUUGGGAACAAGUAAGCAUUCAGACAACACCUUUAUAACCAUGCUCCUUCAGGACCAAAUCGGUGGUCUUCAAGUCCUUCAUCAAGACUAUUGGGUCGAUGUCUCGCCUAUCCCUGGGGCUCUUGUCAUCAACAUCGGAGACUUCCUGCAGUUGAUGACGAACGACAAGUUCAAAAGCGUGGAGCAUAGGGUGCUUGCUAACGAAGCUGGACCGAGGAUUUCAGUGGCGUGUUUUUUCAGCUCGAGUGUGAUUCCGAAUUCAACGGUUUACGGACCGAUCAAAGAGCUUCUGUCUGAAGAGAACCCUCCGAAAUACAGAGAGUUUACUGUGCCUGAGUACUCAAAGGGAUACAUUGAGAAAGGUCUUGAUGGAACGUCGUAUUUAUUGAAUUAUAAGAUAUGAAAAAACACUUAAAAAGAGUGCGAACGUCUUGUUUGUGUGUUUAUCAGUCGCUUGCAAAUGUUGUGUUAGUCUUUAUCCAUGUUAAGCUACUCUAUUCUUGGAAACAGAUUAACAGAAAGACACUCUUUAUAUGUUCUGUUUUGUCCUAUUCAGCUAUUACAAAUUGUUACUCACUGUAUCAA